AUGAUUGCUGUCCAAAGCCAGGCCUCUGUGUCGCCUCGAUCAACCGCCAUCUUCUCGCCCGUCGAUGCCCCAACUUCCCUGAGAUCUAACCAGCGAUCUCCUCUCAUGCCUGUCUCCAAUCCACCUUCUCAUGACCCGUCUCAGGCGGAAGACCUCCCUUAUUCCGUCGAGGAACAGCCCAAGACCAAGCCAAAGUCACGGUCAAACACACCCAGCAGCCUCAAUCUCACCAACGGGAAUGGCAGACGGAGUCUCAGCGGUAGUCCAGCCAGCUUGAAGAAAGCCACUCCCCGUCCAGAGGAGGCUAGAGAUCUGAGUCUUCAGACGAGCGAGGAGGACUUGCGGAGGGAUGACUUGGAGGACGAUGAACCCCAACCACAGUCCGUCAUCCAUGCCCCAGUUGGCUUCGAUGGAUUUACUGUGGAAUCGCCGGCUCCGUCAACAACAUCAUCAACCCAGAGAUCAGAUGUUACCAUCACCGUCCCGCGAGCAGAGUCAAGGAGAUCUGGAGCAAGCCCUAUUUCGCCUCCUCCGAUAACCACAUCCGUAGCUCCAACAGGUCACUAUGAACUAAACACUCCCAGAGCGCAGACACUGCAAGAGAUAGAAAAUUUCAAGCGGACACCUCACCAGGCAAAUCUAGACGACAUACCGGAAAGCUCAGAUACAGAGCAGAGUCAGGAUGGCCACUAUGACGACGGUGAACAGCGAUCUGCCUGGAUCAAAACCAGGUCAAAUGUUCCCGACAACGACAUAGAAAUCAGAGCACUUCGGACUGCCCUGUCAGAAUGCUGGACACUUUGCAACACACUCGCCAACCUAAGCUAUAACCACCGAGAACGACUGUUCAACUUUGGUGGGAAAGACGACAUGCAGGAACAGGCCUGGAAGACAUGCUGGAAGCUGUGCCAGAACCUAUACGAGACCCGUGAUGAUGACCACUCAGCCCAAGUUCGGCCCACGCUCGACAUGUGUCGGGAUUUCUGCCAGGCCCUCUUCGAGGUACGGCUCAAGGAGAACGAGAUUGCCGACUCCGUCCUCAGAGUCAGCUUCGAGCUGAACAACCAUCUGUACAACACCCACGACCGUAACCUCCCCGAAGCCUUCCGGGAACGCACCCUAGACUUCUACAUUACCCUCUGCCACCGUCUGAUGAAGCAGCGGACACGGCUUACGGAGGAGACUGACUCCCUCCUGCGAGCGUGUUGGUCCCUGGCCGAAAUGCUCUUUAGUCUACGGCAGGGGAAACGUGAAGGAAAGGCCCCUGACGAAGAACUGCUAGGCUCUGCUGUUCAGGCCUGCUGGGAGCUCUGUGAUCUCUUCCGUGAAGGGUGGACUCAGGUCCGCCCUGACCGCGGCACGCCCCGUCCAAGCCAGACAACCUUCACCCAGGCUUUCUAUCAGGCCAAACGGGCAGAGUACCCACCCGAAGACACAGAUACAGACACGGACAGUCUCCUCGGCCUGCAGAAUCCAGAGACUCCUACCACCAUCUUCGACGACACAGCCACCACUGUCUCCCCAGACCAAGCUCCUAUUCCCAAUAUCAUGGUCCUAGGCUUCGAUAACCCGCCGCACCACCCGCGCUGGUCAAGCAACUCGUCGACUCUAUCCGGCUAUUCACGCACGUCCAGCCAGACUGCCUCGUCCUCGCACACGGUCAAAUCUCCAGGUGAAGACCAAAACCUGUCAGCUUUGAAACUCCUCCUUGUCCGAGCAGCCAUGAACAGCGGCUUCCAGCGCGGUGGCUCCGAAAGCCUACCCACCUUCGCCAAAACGCUGUCGUCAGAUUCCUUUGGCUCCUUACCUUGGCAAAUGUCACUCCUCAUCAACUAUAAGAAACUCAUCACGGCGGACCCAGCCUUCAGAUCCAUCCCGCCGCCGACCAGGGCCAGUGCAAUUGACGUUGCUCGAGCAGUGCAGGCCAUGGUCCAGUAUAACAGCCAGUACGAAUGGUUGUUGGAUCUCUACCGUCUCGUCUUUGGCUUUUAUACCGACGACGCAGUCAAUGCAACAGGGAUGGUCAUUCAAUCGUGA